AUGCAGACAUCGUCUUAUAUAAAGAUCACUGUUCUCAAUAGUAUUCUUCGUCUUGAUAUCGUAAAGAUCUGUAUCAAUACUCUUGCACGUACCAACAAUAAAGAACUGAAAUUCUUCUUCGUAUCAUCAUCAACGAUGGCUUCCAUUGAUCUGUCGCCGAGAACCAUGUUCGUGUUCUUAUGUACGAUUUGUUUGUUUGGAGUGAUUACAUUAGCGCUUGCUGCAGCAACGCUAGGCACUAUAAACAAACGUUUCGAUUCUCUCACUGUGACAACAUCUACCACUCAAACGAAAUUGAAUUCACCUCUUGCUGAAACGAUCCGUAUUGAUGAUCUUGUGAAUCAUUUAAGGCAAUUGCAACGCAUCGCCAAUGAAUCGAAUGGUAAUCGUGCUAUUAAUACACGCGGAUUCAAUGCAACGGUUGAUUAUAUUUACAAUUAUCUACAAAAUCAAAUCGGUACUCUCCAGGUUACACGUCGAACAUUUACAAUACGAAAUUUCGCUCUCGCAAAAAAUCCGAUCUUGCUUUCCAAAAUCGAGGGAACGGAAAAAAAUUAUACAUAUUCAACAACGCUUGCUCGAUCUGAAUUUACCUACGCAAAUUAUUCUACUGCAACAAAAUUUACCGACUAUGUUCGCGUUGUUAGCAUUCCGAAUUUUGGAUGUUCUGAAGACGCAUGGAAAAAUGUCUCGGGACUAGUUGCUUUGAUCAAAGCAGGUGGCAAAUGUACAUAUGCAGAGAAAGGUAUGCUGGCUGCAGAUAGCGGCAUCCAAGCACUGCUAUUCUACAGCGAUGGUGAGACAAGCAGCAAUCUUGCACCGGUUAAUGUUCGUCUGCGUCACACAAAUAAAUUACCAGCACUUGCUCUAUCAUAUACUGCUGGAGAAGCAUUAGCAACUGCAGCUUCAAUGGGAACUGCUUUUGUAAAGUUGGAAAUUGAAUUAGAAAAUAUGCCUCCCUUUCCCGUAGAUAAUGUCUGUGCUGAUACUCCACAUGGUGACGCUACACAGACCAUUGUCGUCGGAAGUCAUAGUGAUAGCGUACCAGCUGGGCCGGGUAUUAAUGAUAAUGGUAGCGGCACAGCUGCAAACCUUGUUUUAGCUGCAAAUUUAGCGCGACUCUACCAAACAUCAAACUACAAAAAGUAUAAAUAUCGUGUUCGUUUUUGCUGGUGGGCUGCAGAAGAAAUCGGUUUAGCUGGAUCUUCUGAUUAUGUUGACAAAGCAAAAGUUUCGACUGAACCAGGUGAACGUCGUGCAGACAUAUUAGUUAAUCUCAACUUUGAUAUGGCAGGUUCACCUAAUUUUAUCUUCGGAAUCUAUGAUGCCAAAACAGCGUUAAACGGAACACCAGUAGAAGCACUUCCUGGCAGUCAAAAGAUUACAGAGCUAUACCGUGAUUGGUUCAUUGGACAAAAUUUACCUUGGGAUUAUCGAGAUUUCAAUGGUCGAAGUGACUAUGGUCCAUUCUUAGCGGCAGGUAUUGCUGCUGGUGGCGUUGCCACGGGUUCUGACGCCGUCAAAUCAGCAGCACAGCGCGAUAAGUAUCGUCAAUCUAUUGGAGAGGAAAACGCCGGUUUUGCGGGGGCAAUUCUCGAUCCAUGUUAUCACUUGUCGUGUGAUACAUUGGUCAACAUUCAUUUGUACGGUUAUGAAAAACUUGUUCAAGCUGCUGCUUACGGACUAGAAUAUCUUGGUCAGCGCGAUGAUCUGAAAACAUGGCUGUAUCCGCAGUAA